CCUGGGCGCUUACAGGCAGUUAACAGUCUGAACUCAGUAACAACGCAUCUCUUUGUGUGACACAGUUCAAAAUACUACCGUACUACAACGAUAGAGCAAUACUACUCUACACUGCAAUACUCCGCUAUCGCAACAAAUACUUUUGUUCAGCGAUCAUGGCAACAAUGCCGGCGACAGUCGUCUGCCCAACUCCCAGCGUACAGCUCAAGGACCUGAAAAAAGACCAACUGGAAACUGAAGAACUAAUCAACCAGCUGAUCUCCCAAAAUGCUGGCCUUGAGGAAGAAAAAAAGAAAAUCCUGACGGCUCUACGUUCAGAGAGAACCAUAAGAAAAAAUGCCGAAAAGGAGAGUAAAAUCAAGGUGAAGGAGAGAAAUGAAGAGAUUCACUCUCUCCGAGAAAGCUUGAAGGCACAGAAGAACAGCUCCCUGUCAGCCAAACUCCACUGGAGUGGUGAGUUCAACCGGGUCGUCGGGCUCUUGAAACAAGAGCAAGAGAGGAACAGAGAGACCCAGGAGAAGAAGAUUAAUGGUAUAUUAUCAAACCAGAAUUUGAUGGACAAGGUCGCAAAGCUCCAAACUCUGGCAGAGGACAAUGACAGGAAGUGGAGACAUAUCGUCCAAGAAAAGGAUGACCUGAUCAACAUAAUAACGGAGGAAAAGACAGCUCUAGAAGUAAAGUAUUUGGAGAGCGAAGCCAAGCUCAUGGAGAAGGAAAGGCAGAUCAUCCAGAGGGAGGCAGAGUUUGAAACAAAACUCGCCACUCUGGAAGACCAAAUGACGUGUGAGCUCGCUGCUAAAGAGGAGAGCUUUGAGAAACGGCAUGAGCUGGAAAGAGAGAGCAGAGAGAUGGAGUGGAACAACAAAGAGAGCCAAAUAGAGAACGAAAUCAAGCUCUUAAAAGAGAAAAUCUCUGCUCUUCAGGUACAAAACCACUGCCUCCAAGAGUUUGAAAAGAUGAGCAGAAGGAUGGAGAAUGAGUGGAUUAACAAAGAGAGCCAAAUAGAGAACGAAAUCAAGCUCCUAAAAGCGCAAAACUCUGAACUUCAGGUCAAUCUUCUUAGCCUGCAGGAGCUGGCUCAAAAAACUGACAAGGAGAAGGCCAGAAUGAAAAAGGAGGAAAAGAAGGCCAAGAAGGCGGCAGAAAAGAGGGUGAAAAAGGAGAGGAAAGAGAAGGAGGAGCGAGAGAAUAAACAGAAGGAGGAAAAUAGGAAGCAAGAGAAGGAAGAAUUGAAAAGACAGAAGAAGGAAAAAGAGGAGAUGGAGAAAAAAGUCAAGAAAGGGAGGAAGGAGCAGGUGAAGAGAGAGAAGGAGGGAUUGAAAAGACAGAAGAAAGAAAAGGAGGCGAGAGCGACGGAAGAGGAGCAGGAGAAGAGAGAGGAUUAACAUCAUCAACCUUUCUCUCCUCCACUUCCCCCCCCCCCCUCCAAAAC